UGAGGCUGGUUCGAUCAUCUCCCGUGCGACUCUGACAUCUUCAGCCGGAGAAGACACAUGGAGCAUAUAUAAGCAUGUCCAAGGUAUUGCGAGGAUCAGUCAAACAUUUCGUCUCAGUUCAGAUUCAUCUGAAGUGGUUGGAAAGCAAAUUAAUUUUAUUAGCAAAAAUGUUCAAGUUGUUUGUGUUCUGUGUGCUGAUUGUGGCAGCCGUUGCUGAUCAUCUCGAUCGCGAUGCGCGUGUUCUCGAUCAACGCAGCGAAGUUAAUCCUGACGGAUCCUACCAGUACAGCUACCAGACCUCCAACGGCAUUGCCGUCCAGGAGAAUGGUGUUGGAGGACAACUGUCCCAGGGUGUGGCUCAGUGGUAUGCUCAGGACGGAACUCCCGUCACCCUGCAAUGGCGCGCUGACGAGAACGGAUACCAACCCUCUGGUGAUCACCUCCCAACACCCCCACCAGUGCCUGCCCAUGUUCUCCGUGCUCUGGAAUGGAUCCGUACUCACCCUCCCAGGGAUGAACCCGUCAGGAGGUUCUUCUAAAUUCUCUAACCCUCCUAUUUAUUCCAUCAAAAAUCCCCAAUUCCUGGAUUCAACUGUGAAAAUUUAUCCCCAACUCCCUAAAUUCUCCUUUCUCAUCCCCACUAUCCUGAACAAUACGUAUUAGAGAUUGAGAUAUGUUAUCUCAUAAGAAAAGAAAACAAGUGCACGAAAAAAGGAAAGUUAAACAAAGAGAUGUGUUUGAAAAAAAAAACCAAAUCAAUUUCUAAAUACAAAUAAAGACACUGUUUUAACCGUAAAAA